UGUCAAUUUUUUCGAGAUUAAAGACGCCGCUAAUUGCUAUUGGGUUCUAAAAAGAAAAGAUUAAUUAAAAAUCAAGUCUUUCUGCGAUAACAUCACAAAGAUGGCAUCUUUGGAUAUUCUAACACCGCAUUUGUCCAAAAUUAAAAUACCAGCACCCCAGCAACUGGUUUACAAAGAUGAAUGUGUGUAUUCGUUUGACAAUCCGGAAUCAGAGACCGGAUUAUAUGUGUCACUUACAUCGUUCCUCGGCUUCGGUCGCAAUUACGUCGAACAGUAUUUCCAGAAGACUGGCAAUGCGGUAUUUUUACACAUAUUGAGAGAAAAGAUACCUAUACCUGAACCAGAACAAACCGGCGAUGGUCCAGAGAAGAAGAUCACACGACUCGCGAUCGGCGUGGAGGGUGGGUUCGACCCCGACUGCGGCAAGCCCAAGUUCACAUACACCGACCACUACAAUGUGGUCGUUCUACCAGGGUUCCACACAUUCCCGUGGCCUAACGAUGCGUUACCUGAUGUGGUUAAAAAGUCAGUCCAAGGCGUAAUAGAUGCGGAAUCGCCGUUCAAAAUAGCUGAAAUGGAAGCAUUAGCAGGCACCUGGGACGGAGAGAAACGUGAAGUGUCUGUUCAUGCAGUGAGCUUGAAACAGCUGGACAAUGGUGUGAAGAUUCCCCCUUCGGGCUGGAAGUGUUCUAAAUGUGACCUCACCACCAACCUUUGGCUCAACCUCACAGACGGCUCCAUUCUUUGUGGAAGACGGUUCUUUGAUGGAUCUGGAGGCAAUGACCAUGCUGUUGAACACUACCGCAAUACUGGGUACCCAUUGGCCGUGAAACUAGGCACCAUCACGGCGGAGGGUAAGGGCGAUGUAUACUCGUACGCGGAGGACGAUAUGGUUGAGGACCCUUACUUGGCCGAUCAUCUCAAGCACUUUGGCAUCAACGUACAGCAGUUACAAAAGACAGACAAAUCCAUGCUAGAAUUGGAAUUGGAAUUAAACCGGCGUACUGGAGAAUGGAACACGUUGCAAGAGUCUGGCACUGAGCUAAGACCGUUGCAUGGGCCUGCUUUGACGGGACUGAAUAAUCUGGGCAACUCCUGCUAUAUCAACAGUGUUGUACAGGUUCUGUUUCGGAUGCCAGAUUUCGUACGUCGCUACGUCGAAGGAGCUCCCGAAAUAUUUGCCACUUUCCCUGAAGAUCCGGCCAACGAUUUCGAUGUGCAAACGGCAAAACUAGGUGUAGGUCUAGUAUCCGGGCGGUAUUCGUUCCCGGGAGCGGAAGGCGCGCAGCAAGGUGUCUCGGCGCACAUGUACCGGCGAGUGGUCGCAAAAGGGCACCCCGAGUUUACCACCAAGCGACAACAGGACGCGCACGAGUUUUAUCUGCAUCUACUCACGCUCAUAGAGCGUCACAGUCGUCACAAGACCAACCCUGCGGACUGUCUCAAGUUCGCAGUAGAGGACCGCAUCCAGUGCACUGAGUCAUUGGGAGUGAGGUACACCCACAGAGCCGAGCACCACCUACCACUGCCUGUGCCGGUGGGCGCCGCCACCAACGCGCAGCAAGUGCGGGAGUACGAGGCGAGGCGCGCGCAGGCCGAGGCCAGCGGACAGAGACUAGACUCAUCGCAGACGGUGCGGCCUUGCAUCCCGUUCCAGGCGUGCCUCGACAGCUUCAUGAAGGAGGAGGCCGUCGAGCAGUUCUUCAGCUCCGCCCUCAACAAGAAAGUCACUGCGCGCAAAAUGACACGGCUAGCCACAUUUCCAGACUAUUUGUUGAUUCAACUGAAAAAAUUCACAAUCAAAGAGGACUGGACGCCUGCCAAGCUCGACGUGGCAGUUGAUAUGCCGUGGGAGGUGGAUCUAGGUUGUCUAAGAGGUCGGGGGUUACAACCCGAUGAGACCUUACUACCAGAUGCUGCGUCCGAAACCCCACCACCCGUCUAUAACGAACAGCUCCUGUCACAACUUCUAGACAUGGGUUUCCCGAUCGAGGCUUGUAAGAAAUCGCUAUACUACACAAACAACUCGAGCAUAGAAGCAGCGUCCAACUGGCUGAUGGAGCACAUGACGGACUGGGACUUUGCCAACAAGUUCGAACCACCAGGCUCACAGCCAUCAGGCGCUACCGCAAACAUCCCCGUGGACCCGGCGAGCGUGGAGCAGAUCACGUCGAUGGGCUUCACGAGCGCGCAGGCGGCGCGCGCGCUGCGCUGCACCGGCGGCGACGUGGGGCGCGCGCUGGACUGGAUCUUCAGCCACGCCGACCAGCUCGACACAGAGGAGCUGCCCGCGCAGGACAGGACGCUGGGCUGCCGGGACGGACCUGAGAAAUACAAGCUAGUGGCAUUUAUCUCUCACAUGGGCACUUCCACCAUGGUGGGGCACUAUGUGUGCCACAUCCUGCACGAGGGACGAUGGGUCAUAUUCAACGACAAUAAGGUGGCUCUCUCGGAAAACCCGCCCAAAGACCUGGGGUACCUGUACGUGUACGAGCGGCUGUGAUGUCGCGCGCCGAGCGCCUGUCUGCGGCUGCGCUGACGCCCGUCUGCGGCUGCGCUGACCCGCUGCUGACUUGGUGACGCUGGCGUAGCUAUACAAUAUCAUCGAUGUCAACAGGGUUCAUUUAAAAAUACUAAUAAUAAUAGUGAGGGUAAUUUCUCUACAUAAUACUAGUAAACUUUUGUUCUACAUCUUUUUACAAAGUUUUUAAUCUAUACUAAUAUUAUAAUUAAUGCGAAAGUGUGUCUGUCUGUCUGUUACUUUUUCACUGUCCAUCUGUUUAGUCGAUUUUGACGAAAUUAUACCUGCAUCACUGGCAUAGGCUAUCUUUUAUCCCGGAAAGUCAAAGAGUUCCUACGGGACUUUUAAAGCCAUGCAGAUGAAGUCUCUCAUUUAAAAAAAAUAAGUUUUUGUUGUAAACUGACAAUUUUCAGUUUUGUAUAAGACAGGCACUAGACAGAUUUUUUCCUCCUCUUAGAGUGAUGCUGUUUAGAGCAGACAAUCAAAAUAUUUUUAUUUUUGUAUGAAAAAUAAAAUUACUUUGUUACUUUGGUAAUUUUGGUUGGAUUAAAAAAGCGAACAUUCAGGCCAGCAUUAUGUAAAGAAGUUAGUUACCCUUAAGAGGUUAUUAAUAUUCUUAAUUGGCUCUGUAUAGAUAGGCUUUUAAAUUAUAAAAAAUGCUACAUGUUAACAUGUUUGGUUGAUAUAACAAAAUACAAUCGUUGUGCGUACUUAAAUCUAAGAAAAAAUAUUCGGAGACAUUAAAACAGACAGCUUUGUUAAAUAUUCAAACGCUUAGUGUGGAUUGAGCCUAUCUAUACAUUGAUGUAGAAUAUAAGUAAAGUGCAAACAGACUACAGUAUCAUCAUAGUCUAAGGGCCGACGCACACCUCGCGAA